UUUUGUGAAAAGGAAUUUCCUCACGUGGUGAGAUCCCUUUCCCCGGUAGCUUUCCGAACGAAUUCGUAGACGGGGAGUAACAGAGAAGCGAGCCGCGGCGUUACUUAUAUCCGCGACACGGAGCCGGCGUAGUGGUGCGGUGGAGGUGGUGAAUCACGGAGACAGGUAGCGAGCCCGCGAGAACGGUUCUCAUUUAGGCUCCGAUCGUUCCCUGCGUCACGUCUUGACGUCUCUCUCGAGGGUGCGUAACACCACGCCAACGUUUCGCACACCCGCGGCUUUCUUGCCCGACGACGCACCAACGCACGCACGUAUUCAUCCAACCAAAACCACCCGAUCGACCGACCGACCGACCAACCAACCACCCACGCACGCACGCGGAGUGCCGCAACCACGUAGACGGGAUAUACGGUAAUCGAACGCGAUCGAUCGAAGGCGCGCGCGGAAAGAAAGCGCGUUUCAAUCGGUCGCAGCUGCUGUCAACUGACGACGACGACGACGUUCUGUCACUCUGCCCGCUGUCAUAACAGAGCCACGUGUGAUCGGCUGCGACGUGCGCGCGCGCAAGCGAACGAGUAUAUACGGAGUAACGCACGCACGCACGCACGUAUAAUACACAUACGCGCGCACCUGCGUACGUAGUCGCCCACGUACGCGUCCGCCGCGCCGGCCGAUCAAAGCGCACUGCACGCGCCGGGAGAGAGGAGCCGCGCCGCGACCUAGCCGACGGCCGCACUCGUAUAUCUCAUCGGCGUCGCUCGUCAGGGGCAGACCCGAAGACGCAAGCCCAACCGGAGCAGCUGGAAGUAAUUCCUGCUAUUUGACGAGAUAAGCGGCCGAUAACCCACGGCCACGACCGACUUAAAGGCUCGCGCCAAUACCCAGGCCAAGUCUCGACGACGACAUCGGCGGAGAGUCCCAACGACGACAUCCAGCAGCUGCUCGUUUAGAGACACCCAGGCCGCGGAUUCGCGAGAGAGUGUGAAAAAGCAGCCGCACAGUCGGCCCUCGUCAAUACUUCCCCCUUCCCCCCUACUGACGACAGUACCUACGCGACGACAGGAUGCCCGGCUUCCAAAGGAGACAGAUGAUGCAGCCAUGGCCCCUAUGCCUGCCGCCCUUCGCGAAAACGAAGGAGCGCAGCGUUUUACCCAAAUAUCCGAGGGUUUCCCCGGUUAUCAGACCUUCGCCGUCCAGUUCUGGGUCCACCCUAGACUGUUCGUCGAACACCACCCUCGUGACAAAUACCAGUCCCUUCAACAGCCAGACCGCCCUUAUCACCGAGAAAAGAUACUUCUCCGGCGACGUCGGCAAGGGAUCCAAUCACUACUAUGCCGAGAAUUUGAGGAACAAUCAUCAAAAGGCUUUAAACAGGUCGCGGAUCUAUGAUCCGCUCAAUAAAAAUCAAGACGUCGAUUACAAGCAACUAGAUCCACUACUACCGAGCGAACAAAGUUCAAGCAUCAACAUCCUUAUGGAUCCCCCGGACGUGAAAGUACCGAAGGACUCGCAGGAACCAUUGCCAUCCUUGGAGUUCAAGAGGGAACCCGAACAAUCAUGGUUACGAUUUGCCGCCCAGAUAUUAGCUGCAUUAUCGGUGUCGUUGGGUUCAAUGCAAGUCGGCUAUUCGUCUUCCUAUACAUCGCCAGCGCUGGUGUCCAUGCGUGAUAAUGCUACAGCGAGCUUCGAAGUCACCAAACAGAUGAGCAUGUGGAUUGGGUCACUUAUGCCAUUGAGUGCACUUGUCGGUGGCAUCGCUGGCGGACCGCUCAUCGAAUAUAUAGGAAGGAAAAAGACAAUACUUGCUACAGCGUUUCCAUUUAUCGGAGCAUGGCUCUUAAUCGCGAUGGCUAAAAAUAUUCCGAUGAUAUUGGCUGGGCGUGCGAUAUGCGGUUUUGGCGUAGGCGUUGCUUCUUUAGCGUUACCUGUGUACUUAGGCGAAACGAUACAGGCAGAAGUGCGUGGUACUCUUGGUUUAAUGCCCACCGUUUUUGGUAACUCCGGAAUAUUACUAUGCUUCGUAGCGGGUAUGUAUCUGGAUUGGAGAAAUCUGGCGCUGUUAGGGGCGAGUUUACCACUACCAUUCUUGAUUUUGAUGUUUAUAAUUCCGGAAACGCCAAGAUGGUACAUUUCCAAGGGACAAACAAAGAGAUCCCGAAAAUCUCUUCAAUGGUUGCGCGGUAAAGACACAGACAUAACGGACGAAUUGACUAUGAUCGAGAAAUUACAUCAGGAAUACCUCGACAGCGAGCGAAAUACUUCCCAAAAUUUAAUCUCGGAAUUGAUGAAGAGUAAAAAUUUCAAACCUCUUCUCAUUUCUUUGGGUCUAAUGUUGUUCCAACAAAUGUCUGGCAUCAACGCGGUGAUAUUCUAUACGGUGCAGAUCUUCCAAGACGCUGGUAGCACAAUUGAUGAAAACAUCUCGACCAUAAUCAUUGGGAUAGUGAAUUUCAUAUCCACCUUCGUCGCCGCGUCUGUAAUCGACAAGCUGGGCAGGAAGAUGCUGCUGUACAUAAGCGCCGUGUUGAUGGCCCUGACCCUCUUCUCCCUUGGCGGAUUUUUCUACGUGAGGUCAAUGGAUGUGGACGUGACGGCCUUCGGCUGGCUGCCACUGGUCAGUUUGAUCGUGUACGUGAUAGGCUUCUCAUUGGGCUUCGGGCCUAUUCCUUGGCUGAUGAUGGGUGAGAUCCUGCCCGCCAAGAUCCGCGGCUCCGCCGCGAGUAUCGCGACCGCCUUCAACUGGAUGUGCACCUUCAUCGUAACGAAGACCUUCGAGGAUGUCACAGGAGUGAUUGGUGCGCACGGCACCUUCUGGAUGUUCGGCAUAAUCGUCGUAAUAGGCUUCGUCUUCGUGAUCGUCAGUGUGCCGGAGACCCGCGGCAGGUCGCUCGAGGAGAUCGAGAAGAGGUUCACAGGUCCAACUAGAAGGAUGAGCGCAGUCGCCAAUAUGAAACCGACGCCGAUGUCGUGCUAGCUGCUGAACUUCCGAUCGCGACUCGCGAUAAAGAAACUCGUUCGAGUAAAAAAUAGGAUUCCUUACGGUGUCCUUCUAAGGGAAAGAUUCCCUUACAGAUAUGCUUUCCCUUAAAGGGAAGUUCGAAGGGAAGUUCAGGUUCGAAGGUUAUACUUCUCUCUUCUAUGUAAAGAGAAGCGUCUGUUCUUCCUUCUUGGCUUUUCCUACCUUACUCUUAUUUCGAAGAUCUUCGGCUCCCUUUCGCGAGAUAUAUUUGUUAUAACAAAGUUAGAGCGAAAGCGAUUCGGAAAUAACUGAUAAAAGAUAGAAAUCGGUCGUAGAUCUGAAUAGUAUGUAGAAAUACGCGGACAAAAGUGCUUCUCAUAAGAUUCACAUCUCUUUAAACAAGUUGAAGAGGCACACAAUUGGGUGAAAAGUUCUAUUAAUUGAAAAAUUUAGUGCAAUAGCAAUUUCAUAGAAGAUCUAUAUUUUAAAAAAGUUGGUUAAGAUAAUUCCUCGACUGUACUUUUAAACAGAAUCUUACGAUAUAAGA